AUGCAGCACACAGGACUGGCUCUCAUGGCCUUGGUGCUCUGUGUGGUUCUUCCAGCCUCACAAGCCAUACUUCCCAUUGCUUCCAGCUGUUGCACUGAGGUUUCGCAACACAUUUCCCGAAGGCUUCUGGAGAGAGUGAAUGCAUGUCGUAUCCAGAGAGCUGAUGGGGACUGUGACUUGGCUGCUGUUGUCCUUCACGUGAAGCACAGAAGAAUCUGUGUCAGCCCCCACAGUCACACUAUCAAGCAGUGGUUGAGAGCUGAAGCAGCCAAGGAACAUGGCCAAGGUGACAUUUGCCAUAAGAAGAAACACCAGGGCAAGAAGAACAGGAAAGGGCCCAUCAGGAGGAAACAUGAAACACACAGCCAUAAAAGUCCUUAUUAGAGUUUACAAAUGACGCUAUGAAAAUAAUGCCUCCAGUGAACUUGGCUGGCCAUAGCUGAUUAUCAAUUUAUGUUCCAAACUUUCCUUAUUACUU